GCGGGCGGGGGCGGGGGCGGCGGAGGCCCCUCGGGCGGGCCGGGGUUGCGGCGCGGUCCUUGACUCGGCUUGUCCGGUGCGUGGCCCCGGCAGCCAUGCAUCCCCCGGUCCCGGGCCCGCUGGGGGACUGCCUGCGGGACUGGGAGGAGCUGCAGGAGGACUUCCAGAGCAUCCAGGAGACCCACCGGCUGUACCGCCUGAAGCUGGAGGAGCUGACCAAGCUGCAGAACGGUUGUACCAGCGCCAUCACGCGGCAGAAGAAGCGCCUCCAGGAGCUGGCUCUUGUCCUAAAGAAAUGCAAACCCUCCCUUCAGUCGGGGGCCAAGGAGGCUGCCCAGGAGCUGGAGAACCAGAUCAAGGAGCGCCAGGGCCUCUUCUUCGAUAUGGAGGCCUAUUUGCCCAAGAAGAAUGGGUUGUACCUGAGCCUGGUUCUGGGCAAUGUCAACGUGACACUCCUGAGCAAGCAGGCUAAGUUUGCCUACAAGGACGAGUAUGAGAAGUUCAAGCUCUACCUCACCAUCAUCCUCAUCCUCAUCUCCUUCAGCUGCCGCUUCCUCCUCAACUCCAGGGUGACGGACGCCGCCUUCAACUUCCUGCUGGUCUGGUACUACUGCACGCUGACCAUCCGAGAGAGCAUUCUCAUCAACAACGGCUCCCGGAUCAAAGGCUGGUGGGUUUUCCAUCAUUACGUGUCCACCUUCUUGUCGGGAGUCAUGCUGACAUGGCCUGACGGCCUCAUGUACCAGAAGUUCCGGAACCAGUUCUUGUCCUUCUCCAUGUACCAGAGCUUCGUGCAGUUCCUGCAGUAUUACUACCAAAGCGGCUGUCUAUACCGCCUGCGGGCCUUGGGCGAGAGGCACACCAUGGACCUCACUGUGGAGGGUUUCCAGUCCUGGAUGUGGCGGGGCCUCACCUUCCUGCUGCCCUUUCUUUUCUUUGGACACUUCUGGCAGCUUUUUAACGCGCUGACCUUGUUCAGCCUGGCCCGGGACCCCGAGUGCAAGGAGUGGCAGGUGCUCAUGUGUGGCUUCCCCUUCCUCCUCCUAUUCCUUGGCAACUUCUUCACCACCCUGCGGGUUGUGCACCAGAAAUUCCACAGUCAAAGACAUGGGAGCAAGAAAGAAUGAGUCUGGGCCUGCCCGCCAUGGCCACCCAGCUCCCUAUGGCCCCUCUGGCCUGGCAGGGGCUUCUGUCCCCUUUGAGAGGGUAGGGGGCUUCCCU